AGGAAACGAGGAGGACCAUGGACGGAUGGCGUCCGUGCCAUGUUUGAUCCGCGACCUCGAAUGUCAUGUCUAGAAACAUCAUCAUGGAAUGAGAACACAAUCCCCUAAGAAAACCUCUCCGAUCCCGAGAGGAGCAAAUUCCCACCACCGUCCUUUGUAUCCCCACCCCUGCGUAUGGAACAUUCGGAUAGAGAAGGAGAGAGGGGGAUGGAUAGCUCGCGUGCGGACCGCCUCCCCUCGGGCCAAUCCUGAAUCACCUCAAAUAGAUAGUAAAAUAACAAAAAACAGAAAAAAGAUUCCCUCCUCCUUUCCCGAAUCUCUAAAUCGAAUUCUAAACCAUCUAUUACAUGUCCCCUUCCUCCCAGAGGAAUAUCCAGGCGAUCCAGUCAACGCCAUCAUCAUCAUCAUCAUCAUUGUGAUCGACGCCCCCUGUAUCCUCCUCCUCAGCCCACCCCCCAACGGGAGAAAAAAUCCCGUCGUCUACUGCCCUUUCUUCAUAAUACAAAUAUUCAAAUCGAAAUCCCUUCCCCGAGCCGAAAGACUCCUGUAUAGAAUUAUCAUUCUCCGGCCCCGCUUGUCCCGUGAAGGCCAGCAGAAGGGGGGGAUAAAGAAGGAGAAAAAAAAAUCGCUCGUGGCGAAAGGACGAUGACGACGCAGAGGAAUGGAGGGAUCCUUUCGACGGAUGCUUUUUUCCACCGAGUGGGCC